AUGGAACAAGAAGGUUCUUCCAGUGUGGGUGUUGUUAUUAGAGACUCCAAUGGUCAAGUAGUGGCUGCUCUGUGCUUGCCGCUCCAGUCCUAUUUUUCUGCAGAGCUUUCGGAAGUUUUUGCUUUGGAGCAAGGUGUCCUUUUUGCUCAAGAGCUUCAGCUGCCUCGGAUUAUUGUUGAAUCUGAUGCUCUGACAGUUAUCCAAGCAGUUAACGAUAAAGCUACAGGGAGCAUUUUCGGCCACCUCAUUCAGGGAAUUCAUCAAGUUUGUGAGUCUUUUGAAUCUUGCCAUUUCAAGCCAAGCUUACAAUCUAAGAGUUCAAUCCAAUCAAACAUAAUAGCUAAUGGCGGAGAACACCUCAUGAAGAUUUCCCUUGGAACCCCAGCAGUUGAGGUGCUUGGCAUUGCAUAUACAGGCAGUGAUCUAACAUGGACACAAUGUGAGCCAUGUGAAAAAUGUUACAAGCAAAACCUUCCUCUCUUUGAUCCUCAGCAAUCUUCAACAUAUGGUAACGUGCCCUACAAUUCAAGUCCUUGCAAGGCAUUAAACACUGCCUCUUGUGGCACUGAUAAAAACACCUGCCAGUAUGGUUAUUCAUAUGGAGACCAAUCAUUCACUAAUGGUGAUCUUGGUGUUGAAACCUUAACCAUUGGCUCAACUACUAGCCAUCAGGUCACAUUACCAAAUAUUGUAUUUGGGUGCGGGCACAAUAAUGAUGGUACAUUUGGUGAGGCAGGAUCAGGCAUAAUUGGCCUAGGAGGUGGCCCUCUUUCUCUGGUCUCUCAACUAAACAAUUCUAUUGGUGGAAAAUUUUCUUAUUGUUUAGUUCCCAUAGAAAAUUCAAAUGUUACAAGCAAGAUUAAUUUUGGUAGCAAUGGCUUGGUUUCUGGCAAUGGUGUGGUUUCAACACCCUUGGUUGCAAAAGAUCCUUCGACAUUCUAUUACCUUACUCUAGAGGGCAUUAGUGUUGGGAACAAGAGGUUUGCCUAUAAGGCUUCUUCUAAGGCUGUUGCUAGUAAUGAGGGUAACAUUGUUAUUGACUCAGACACAACUUUAACCUCUCUUCCACCUGAAUUUCAUGAAGAUUUGGUAUCAGCCGUUGAGAAAGCUAUUGAUGCUGAACGUGUUAGUGACCCAAGGGGUGUUCUUAGUCUUUGUUUCAGGUCUAGAGAUGAAAUUCAUAUCCCCAUUAUCACGGCUCAUUUUACUGGUGCUGAUGUGAAGUUGAAGCCAAUCAAUACAUUUGCUAGAAUGGAUGAUGAUUUGGUUUGCUUCACCAUGAUACCAUCUGGUAGUGUGGCCAUAUUUGGGAACUUGGCUCAGAUAAACUUCUUGGUGGGAUAA